UCCCUCCCCGCCGCCGCUCCAGCCUUGGGCCGCGGGGCGGAGCCCGCCGCCACCGCCCCUUCCCUCUCUGUGCGCCCCUGACGGCGAGCGGCGGCGGCGGUCUGUGCUCCUCACUCCCCGGGACACUAACUAGGGUCUUCAACAACCAUGAGCAACCCUUUUGUACAGAUUGUGGAGCCACUGGACCCGAAACAGCCUCUGAAGAAAUUCUUUAAUCUGAGCAAAUUGGAAGAUGUGAGAUACACUUGCCUGCCAUUUUCUAUUCGAAUCCUCCUGGAAGCAGCAAUCCGUAACUGUGAUGAGUUCCUAGUGAAGAAAGGCGAUGUUGAGAAUAUUCUUAACUGGAAAGUGAUGCAACAUGAGAAUGUUGAAGUGCCAUUUAAGCCUGCAAGAGUUAUUCUGCAGGACUUCACUGGGGUGCCUGCUGUGGUUGACUUUGCUGCAAUGCGUGAUGCUGUGAAGAAACUUGGUGGGGACCCUGAAAAAAUAAAUCCUAUCUGUCCUGCUGAUCUCGUGAUAGAUCACUCCAUCCAGGUUGAUUUUAACAGGCAGUCAGACAGCUUGCAAAAAAAUCAGGAUCUGGAAUUUGAAAGGAACAAAGAAAGAUUUGAAUUCUUAAAGUGGGGUUCUCAAGCUUUUAAAAACUUGAGGAUUAUUCCACCGGGCUCUGGGAUCAUCCACCAAGUGAACCUGGAGUACUUGGCAAGAGUGGUGAUGGAUCAGGAUGGCUACUACUAUCCAGACAGCGUGGUUGGCACUGACUCACACACCACUAUGAUAGAUGGCUUGGGAGUGCUUGGCUGGGGUGUGGGUGGCAUUGAAGCAGAAGCAGUGAUGUUGGGACAGCCAAUCAGCAUGGUGCUUCCUGAGGUGGUUGGCUAUAAGCUGGUAGGAAACCCUCAGCCACUGGUAACAUCCACUGACAUUGUACUCACCAUUACCAAGCAUCUUCGCCAAGUUGGAGUCGUGGGUAAAUUUGUGGAGUUUUUUGGUCCUGGUGUUGCCCAGCUGUCAAUUGCUGACAGAGCCACCAUUGCCAAUAUGUGUCCAGAGUAUGGAGCAACAGCUGCCUAUUUUCCAGUGGAUGAUAUUAGCAUUGGGUACCUGAUACAAACUGGCCGUGACAAAGAGAAGGUUAUGUGCACAAAAAGGUAUCUUGAGGCUGUGGGAAUGCUAAGAGAUUUCAAGAACUCUUCUCAGGAUCCAGACUUCACACAGGUUGUUGAGUUGGAUCUCCAUACAGUUGUGCCUUGCUGCAGUGGACCAAAGAGACCUCAGGACAAAGUUGCUGUGUCAGAUAUGAAGAAGGACUUUGAGACUUGUCUGGGAGCCAAGCAAGGAUUCAAGGGAUUCCAAGUUGCACCAGAUCGACACAACAGCAUAGUCAAAUUUAAUUUUGAGGGCUGUGACUUCGAGCUUGCUCAUGGUUCCGUAGUGAUUGCUGCCAUUACAAGCUGUACAAACACCAGUAAUCCGUCAGUUAUGUUGGGUGCAGGAUUGCUUGCGAAGAAAGCUGUGGAAGCUGGUUUGACAGUGAAGCCGUACAUUAAAACUAGCCUGUCCCCAGGAAGCGGGGUUGUCACUUACUAUCUGAGGGAGAGUGGAGUUAUGGGUUACCUUUCUCAACUAGGGUUUGAUGUGGUCGGUUAUGGCUGUAUGACAUGUAUUGGGAAUAGUGGACCCCUACCAGAGUCUGUUGUGGAAGCCAUUACACAGGGAGACCUUGUGGCAGUGGGUGUGUUGUCUGGCAAUAGGAAUUUUGAAGGGCGUGUCCAUCCCAACACCCGUGCUAACUACCUGGCCUCCCCGCCACUGGUGAUAGCCUAUGCAAUUGCAGGGACCAUCCGGAUUGACUUUGAGAAAGAGCCUUUAGGAAUAAAUUCUUCAGGGAAGAAGAUUUUCCUGAAAGAUAUCUGGCCAACAAGAGAUGAGAUUCAGGCUGUUGAGCGUCAAUUUGUUAUUCCUGGGAUGUUCAAGGAGGUCUACGAAAAAAUAGAGACAGUAAACAAAGCUUGGAAUGCCUUAGAUGCUCCUUCAGAUAAGCUGUAUACUUGGAAUCCCAAGUCUACUUAUAUCAAAUCUCCUCCUUUCUUUGAUGGUCUGACUUUGGCUCUUCAGACUCCGAAAACAAUAGAAGACGCUUACGUCCUGUUGAGUUUCGGGGAUUCUGUGACAACUGACCACAUAUCUCCAGCUGGUAACAUAGCAAGAAAUAGUCCGGCAGCCCGUUAUUUGACCAGCAGAGGCCUGACUCCUCGAGAGUUCAAUUCUUAUGGCUCCCGCAGAGGGAAUGAUGCUGUCAUGGCCAGAGGGACAUUUGCAAACAUUCGCUUGGUCAACAAGUUUAUUGAUAAACAAGGACCUCAGACAAUCCAUUUCCCUUCUGGGGAAAUUCUGGACGUGUUUGAUGCUGCAGAAAGAUACAAGCAGGCUGGUCAUCCUCUAAUUGUGCUGGCUGGGAAGGAAUAUGGUGCAGGAAGUUCCAGAGACUGGGCUGCUAAAGGACCAUUCCUCUUGGGUGUCAAAGCUGUGCUUGCUGAAAGCUAUGAGAGAAUUCAUCGAAGCAACCUAGUAGGAAUGGGAGUGAUUCCUCUACAGUAUUUACCUGGAGAGGAUGCAGGAACUUUAGGACUCACUGGACGGGAGCGUUACACGAUUAUCAUUCCUGAAAAACUUAAACCACAGAUGAAUGUCCAGAUUAAGCUGGACACUGGGAGAAACUUUAAUGCCAUCAUGAGAUUUGACACUGAUGUGGAGCUCACUUACUUCCACAACGGCGGCAUUCUGAACUACAUGAUCCGGAAAAUGGCAUCCUAAUCAAAAAAACAGCUCCCAACAGCACCUCUGGUCUUAAGGCUGGUAUGUCCAUGUGAACGUUUAAGUCAUAUGAGACCCUAUAGCACAAUUAACGCUGCAGAUCUGGGAAUCUCAUGGGUUUGAAAGAAAGCUACAAAGACAACAGAAACUGCAGGCAGAGAAAGAAGCAACAAGGCACAGCCUGUAGCUGAGAAACAAAUGCAGAAAUGGAAUCCUCUGAGAAGAAGCAGGAGAAACUGCACCAAGCCUUGGACGUAGAAGUUCAGGCAGACACUAACCACAGCCUUUCCCAUUUCCACUAAGUGGGUCACACUGUCACAGAAGAAAAUCAAGCUGCUCAGGCAGGACAUGCCUUUCACAAAACCCAGGUGGGCCUGAUCCCUGGUUGUCCUGUAUGUGAUGGGUGAUAGCACUCAAGGUGAUCUGCUCCAUAAUGCUCCCUGGCACUGAGGUCAAGCUGAUGGGGCUGUACUUCCCGGAUCCUCCUGGUCCUUCUUGUAGAUGGGUGGUCAUACUGACCAACCUCCAGUCUCCUGGGAUCUCCUUGAUAUACAGGACUGGAAAGUGCUGGAAAGUGGAUUGAUGAGCUUUUCCACCAGGUCUCUCAGUACCCUUGGGUGGAUCCCGUCUGCCCCCAUAAACUUUUGUCGCAAUGGUGUAGCAGGUCACUAAUCAGUUCCUUUUUGAUUGUAGGUCCUUCAUCCUGCUCCCUAUCACUGUCUUUCAGCUCAGGGAACUGAAUAUCCUGAGAACAACCAGUCUUACAGAAGCAAAUAAGCAUUAAGUGCCUCAGUCUCUUCUCUCCAUUUUUGUCACUAUGUUUCCCCCCAUAACCAAUAAAGAAUGGGGAUUUCUCCUCAGCCCUUGGUGGUGGUCCAUAUGAAUAUCCAGUUGGGCUUUGGCCCUCCCGAUUUUCAGCUGCAAAGCAUCUCAAUAUCUUUGUACACUGUGCCCAAGAUGGCCUCCAAAUCUUACCUCACCCAGGAGUCCUUCUCUUUUCAUAAGCAACAGGUCAUAAAUUCUACCUCAUGCUCUUAAGUUUUUGCAGUUACUGUACAGUUGACAUUCACAAACUGUCAGUACACAGUAUCCCUUCUCUGCUGACCUAGCCUUUGUCACAAAUCAAGUACAAUGAACACCUCCCUCAGGUUAUAACUUUUCCCUACAUAGAGCCUUAAUAGGUGAAGGUAGAUACAGAUUAUGCCUUUAAAAUUUGAGUAUGAAAACUGCACAAAUCACAAACCUUUCUUGCAAAUGUUGUUUCAUCCCAGUUCUGUAGCUUUUCAAUAGCUGCAUUCAUCAUUUCUUCCUUGUAAGUGUUUAGUUUUUCAUUCUCAACCACUUCCGUUUUGCUUGUCACAAGGAUGCACUUGCUGUCUUUUGCCCUUCCACGACCUAUACAGCAACACGUUUAUGCUCUUUAGUUACUCUUACCAACAUAUGCAAAAAUGACAGGUCUGCCAUAAGACUACUAAGGGCCUUCUGUAUGUCUGCUUUUGUUUGUAAUGUUCAGAUUGAAUGAAGAGCAUUCUUCAAUAAUAAACCAGAAGAAGAUGCCCCCUUCCAGGUAUCCUCAUGGAUAUACCCUAGCCAGUACUAUAUUGCCUGCUUCUGUGGCCUCCCUGUGCAGGCAUGCUUUAAAAUACAUUUUUUAUGUAGCAUCUUGCUGUCUUCUUGUUGCGUAAAAAAAAUGUAAAGGAGAAAAGUUCAUCUCAGUCUUUCUUAUUAGUUUUCAGCCCUGCUAAUUGAUGUCUAAAAAUACCCAAAACCCCCAUAUAUCACAAAAACCUAAGGAACUAGAAAUACUGUGCUGACAAGAGCACAAACAACAACAGCAAGCACCUUCUCUUCUACCUGAUUAUGCCUACUGUCUGCCAGUUUAUUAAAGCUGAGACACAGGCAAACCCAGAACUACAGGGAUAUCAUACCAGUUUAGCAGUAUUUCGGUUAUAAAAAGCGUUCACAUUUCUUUUGAGUUUUUUCACCACAAAAAUCAUCAUUGUAUGUGGUUUGAAACUGACAUAACCUCUUUUCGUUGCACCUUUAAUGGAUUUUUAAUAAUAAACACUAUCUUUCCAUCCAUAAAA